AAUAUAAACCAAACGCUAUUAAAAUCUUAAUGAUUAAUAUUAUCACCAGAGUUUAAAGGUCACGUACAGAAAAUAAAACCACCAUACACUGGUUUGUGCUGAAGAUAACAAUGUAUCCUCUAAAUUUGCUGUGUCUUUAUUUACUCUUUUUAAUUCCAUAUUCUCUCGCGACGGACCGCCAUUAUUAUAUAGCCGCUAUAGAAGUUGAAUGGGACUAUGUACCGUCAGGACGGAAUUUAGUUACCAAUGAAAAUAAGAAAUUCCGAGAGAAAACUGAAAAUCGACGAGACCGAAUUGGUAGUGUGUACCGGAAAGCAAUUUAUCGUGGUUAUACAGACCAAACGUUCACUCAACAACUUCCUGUACCAGAAUGGGCGGGUAUUCUCGGGCCACCUAUCAAAGCGGAAGUUGGCGAUACUGUGUACAUUCAUUUCAAAAACAUGGCCACCGGAAGUAACUUCAGCGUUCACCCACACGGUUUUCUUUACGACAAAAUAAAUGAAGGGGCACUUUAUAUCGAUGGUACUCAUCCAUUCGAAAAGUACGAAGAUGCAGUGCCCCCUGGCGGCACUGUAACGUACAUGUGGGAGAUUGGUAAGGAGCACGCGCCUACAAAAGAUGACGACAACUGUGCUGCAUACACGUACCAUUCACACACACGGGCACCGAAAGAUGUUGACACGGGUCUAGUAGGCGUUGCCGUGUUGUGCAAAAAAGGAACACUUGAUUCGAAAGGCCGACGAAAAGAUGCCGACCAAGAAUUAUACUUAUAUGCCGACGUGACGGAUGAGAAUAAUAGUUGGUAUGCCGAUAUAAACUUGAAUAAAUGCGGGAAUCCAAACGUUUGCAGAAACCUAAAGAGAAGGAAGAACCGGAAGUUCAUAUCAAGUAACAGCAUUCCCCAUAUCAACGGGUAUUUGUUCGGAAACCUUCCAGACUUUACAGCUUGUGAAGGCGAGAAAGUAAUCUGGUAUUUCAUGUCCAUAAAUCGUGGGAUACAUACAAUACAAGCUAUUGGCCAGACCAUGAUCAUUGAAAAGAAACGGACGGACACUGCGGUGUUAUUUCCAGCAAGCGUAUAUUCGGGCCAUAUGACACCAGUCAACCCUGGACGCUGGCUUCUUUAUUGUAAAAAUCUCGAUCAUUUUGAAGGUGGAAUGUCGAGUUUUUUAACAGUUCUGAAAUGCCCACCAGCACCUGCCGGGCCUCUUGUUCCUCCAAAAUUAAUGUUUCCAACUCUAAUACGCACAUAUUAUCUUGCCAUAGAGGAAGUUCUUUGGGACUAUGCACCUGGUUUUGACAGCAGACGUUCCAAAUCUGCUUCAAAGUUCCUAAAUCGAGGUAGACAAAGGAUUGGGUCAGUUUAUAAAAAAGCAAUUUACAUAGAAUACAUUGAUGAUACUUUAACAUUGCGGAAGCCACGUGGCGACCAUGAAAUGCAUUAUGGGUUGGCCGGUCCACCAAUCAAAGCGCAAGUCGGAGAGCGUGUUGUUGUUGUAGUUCUAAACAGAGCAUCGAGACCGUAUUCCUUCCUUGCAAAUGGCGUAGAAAUAACGAAAGAACACGAAGGAGCGUACUACAAAAAUCAACGGCAUGAUGAGAAGAUGACCGGCGCAAUUGUCAUGCCAGGAACAAUGAGAACGUAUGAAUUUAAUGUAAAUGAACACGUCGGGCCUACACCUUUAAAUGAAGACUGCAUCACGUACGUGUAUCAAUCCGCAGUAGAUUUUACUAAAGAUGUGUACUCCGGUUUAUUCGGCCCUCUGUUGGUGUGUAAACGUGGAACAUUAAAUUUCGAUGGAUGUCAGAUUAAUGCAGACCGAGAGUUCUUUGUGAACUGGAUGGUUAUUGAUGAAAACUUGUCUUGGUAUAUCGAUGACAAUAUUGCCACAUUUACAUCGCAACCAAUGGCAGUGAAUAAAACGGACCCAAAAUUUAUAUUGUCCAAUCAAAUGAGAGGUUUCUUUUGCUUCUUACGUAUAUUUAACUCAUUUAACUCAUUUAUAUUUUAA